AACGUCAUACGCGUUCUCAUGUUUUGCUUUCGUCGGUAUAUUAAUGCAUAAUCUGUUUUCGAGUCUGCUUGCAGUCAGACUUUUUUUUUUCUACUAAAAGCAGCCUAAUCUUUGGUUCCUCAUUCUUAAAAUAGUCAUCGUACGGAAUAAGCGCAAUUUAAUUCUAAAAUGUCUGACGAUUUGUGCUCCUUCAUCGUGUUGGGAUCUUCUCCGACCCCAUCGAUGGAACAAUAUGACUACAACAAUGGUUCCGUCUGGCAGGUCAAAGGUAAAGAGUCGUCCAGCCAAAAUAAUUCAGGUGACUUCAGUCUACUGCAAGUGGAUGGAUCACCAAAGUCACCGGAUCCGGCAUCUGCGCCGGACAUAAAGUCUUCGGGGCCUGUCAGUAUUGAUAGGCCGUCGGGACCUGCAAGCAAUGAUAAUCACCUGGCAGCGAGUGUCAUCAUGGGCUCGGUACAAACUAGUUUGCUGCAGACGUUUCCCAGUUUGAUGCACUCUUCGAUGCCGGUGGAUGAGGUGAAGGCGCUCCAGCAGCUUGUAACCGAGCAUGGUCAAAUGAAGCAAAGCAUCCAGAAAGCGAACGUGGCCAUGAGAAAAAACUUCUCCGUCAUCCAAGAGUGGCAAGAUGAUGUCAAGAAGAAGUAUUGCGAGCAAGCCAGCACCAUCGACGAGCAAAGGGCAUCAAUUGAAAACGUCGAAGCUGACAAUAAAAAACUCGCACAAGCCGUCGCCUGUGCCGAGAAUCGGGCUAACGAACUGGAAAAGGAAAAGAAGGAGGAAAUAUCUUCGCUUCAAAGGCAGUUGGAAGAUGUUCAGAAACAAGCCGAGGCAGAAAGAACGGCUGCUGCUGUCGAAUUGAAUGAACUCAAGCAAAUGUUGUCGGAAAAACAUUCCAUUCUGCAGAAUUUAGCCAAGGAAAUUGAACGCUUGGAGCUGGAGAAGCAGGAGUUUGUAGUGGUGAAGUCAAACAAGCCGGAAGACAAAGCCAACUCAAUCGAUUUCGUCACCAAAGAGGAGCAUGAUCGUCAGAUUAAGGCGUUGCAGCGUCAGCUGUCGAUCGCAGUGGCUACGAAUUUAGAGUUUAAGGAUAUGAAACAAGUGUAUGUUGACGAGAUAAACUGUAUUAAGGCGAAUUUAUCCGCUGCGGAAGGGCUCCUGGCCAAAAAUCGUACCGAGAUGCAUCGAAUGGCGAAGGAUAUCGAAACGAAAGAUGUUUCCCUAGCGGAGAAUAUUCGAGAGCUGAAGAGCCUCAGCGAGCAAGUUGAUGUUUUAACAGCUCAAUUGGACAUCUAUAAGAACGAUUUCGAAGCAGAACGCACCGCUCGUGCCCAGUUGGCCAGCGAGAAAGAUCGCGCGUUGAGUGAUUUGAAACUGUUGCAGAAGCGCAACCAACAGCUUAUCGAAGAGGUCCAAAAUGGAAGAUCUGCCGAAGAAGAAGCAAAACGCGCUGCAAACGAAUCACUCGAUAAACGUGAGUCACCGGCUAGCGCUGCCACUAACAGUGGAGGAGGUCCAUCAGCAGCGACAUCUAACGAUGAACAAAGUUACGAGCGGCACGUAUUAUACUGUCCACUUUGCAACAGUGGAUUCAAAGAUUUAUCCACACUGCAAAACCACGUGGAAGAUUGCGUCGGUGUGGAGUAAAAAGGGGCUAUUUCUGUUGUCCACAGAAAAUACUUUUAUAUGACCGUUUAUCCUAGUUUUAGAAUAUUUUGAUUGUUAUGACCAUGUCAAUGUUUGAAACUAUGAAGGGAACUGGAUCCGUAAUCGGUGGCAAUGAAACGAUGCUAAUCGCAGCAUGAUUUAUCAUAUACUAUAUAUUAUUCUUUACAUAAUGGAUGUAAAAAUAACAAACCUAAUACAAUACAAUAUCAAUUUAGAUUCCAAAUAAUACCAAAAAAUACACUACGACAAACAUUCAUUGACUGUUGAGCUACAUGUAGAAAUCGAUGUAUGCUAACUAACUGAAUAUGUGCUAUCACAUCGGUUCAGAUUCCCUUAUAACACAGAAUAUCUAUAACGUUAUGCUUAAUCUACUAGUAAAUGUGCCAGAAAUCAACAAAGCGAUAAAUAAAAAAAAUCUUAC